CUUUAUUCAAUAAAUGCCAAAAGGGAACUAACUUAAAGCUAACAAAAAGAGAGCUUCAUAGCGGCCACGCAAAUAUUCUGUGUUUGCCGGCUAUGCACGAGCGUCCGGUUAAACGCAGUGUCGGCAAUUUGGCCAGCGCUCAGUCUUCGGACAUUGACUCUCAGUCCGGUUGACAUUAGUUAACUUAAACGUAGACCCCGCAGUUGCAGAAAAACCUGAUCCAAAGAAGAAGAAAAGAAUAUGCUUAUUGAGUUUUGGCAAAUUGGUAACGGAAGCGGUGUGGAAACAAAAAAUCAAAAAUGGAAGGAAAAAACCAAAAAUGCCUGCAGGAGGAAGCAAUACUACAACAGGGCAAAUCCUAAGAUGAAUGGAAAUGCUGGAGGUAAUCCAAUCGAGAAGCCCAUUGGGAAAGAGCAUGCUAAGUGGGACUUCGCUCCCCACAUGGUCAUUCUACCUGACGCAUCGAAACAGAACCACCAGAACUACGACGCACUCUCCAUUGAGUGGAACCGCUGGACUCCACUACAGCACCAGCACACUUGAGGACGCGCUGGCUUCUAUAGGGAGAAGGGACGAGAAGGAAGCUUUAAACUAUUAAUUUAAUAAAUAA